AUGGCGUCGCCCGUCAACAUCUCCGAGCUCGAGGCAGAGAUUGCAGCGCAGAAAGCCAAGUUCAACGACCUGCGACUGUCUGGCCAACCCUUGGACGAGAUCAAGCAGACCCUCUCCGAGUUGAAGAGGACGCUUGCCGUGGCGAAGAACGCAGGCAAGGAGAAGAAACUCAAGGCAGCAGAUGGAGAGGCGAAGCCAGAGAGCUCGUCACAGGAGAAGAAGAAGGAGAGGCUUCUCCUGAAAACUGCGAAGGGCACCCGCGACUACGGCCCCGCCGAGAUGUUCUGCCGCGAGCACAUCGAGCGUAUCGUCAAAGACUGUUUCACCACCUAUGGCGGCGCCUGCCUCGACACGCCCGUCUUCGAGCGUAAGGACGUGCUGACCGACAAGUACGGCGAGGACGCGAAGCUCAUCUUCGACCUCAUGGACCAGGGCGGCGAGCAACUCGCGCUUAGAUACGACCACACGGUGCCGCUAGCACGGUAUCUCGCGAUGCAGGGCGGGACGUCGACGCAAAGUAAGCUGUGGCAGGUGGGCAAGGUGUAUCGACGGGACAAUCCGGUGAUGAGCAAGGGCAGGAUGAGGGAAUUUACGCAGGCGGACUUCGAUAUUACAGGCACCUGGGACGCGAUGAUUCCUGACGCUGAGAUUCUGUCGCUCCUCCACACCAUCCUCACCAAGCUCGACGUUGGCGAAUUCACCUUUAAGGUAAAUCAUCGCCGAAUCCUCGACGGAAUUUUUGAAGUUUGUGGUGUUCCGCCCGAGAAAAUUAGGAGUAUAUCUUCAGCCGUCGACAAGCUCGAUAAGCUUCCAUGGGCCGAAGUUAAGCUCGAAAUGACAGAAGAAAAGGGUCUCGAUCCUUCCGUCGCAGACAAGAUUGGCGAAUACGUGAAGCACAAAGGCGGUCCCGAGCUCCUCUCUCUCCUCGAAGGCGAUGCUACCCUAACGGCCAACGCGAGUGCAAAGCAAGGCCUGAGUGACAUGAGCAUCCUCUUCACUCUCCUGAAAGCGUACGGCAUCAUCGAGCGGAUAUCAUUCGACAUGUCGCUCGCCCGAGGGUUGGACUAUUAUACGGGGAUUAUCUACGAGGCGAUCGUGGAGGCCAGUGCGCCGCCUGGGUUCAAAGCCGCCAAUGCCUUCGCCUCUGUUCCAUCGGACACCACAACCUCUCCCGCACCUCCAUCUGCACCCGCCGCCGAAUCCAAGAAACCGAAGUCAAGACCAAAAACCACCAACGGCGCUGACGAAGAAAAGGAAAUCGACGAAUCGCAAGUGGGCGUCGGCUCCAUCGCGGCUGGCGGGCGGUACGACAACCUCGUCGGCUCUUUCCUUUGCGGCGCGGCCGGCGUCACGCCUACCUCCAACCCGAAGGACUACAAGAAGUUCAUGGCCUCAGGAGCGCCGUGUGUGGGGGUCAGCAUCGGGAUGGACCGGAUAUUCGCAAUCGUGUGGCCGAAGUGGGUGGAGCGAGGAGCGAGGGCGAAGGGGACAAUGGUAUACGUGAUGAGCGCGGGCGACGGGCUGUUGGAGGAGCGGGUGCGGUUGGUUAAGGAGCUGAGGGACGCUGGGGUUAAGACCGACUUCCUCGCCAAGUCCAAACCUAAAAUCGCCGCCCAAUUCGCCGCCGGCGAGCGCGAUGAGGUGCCCUUCGCCGUCAUCCUCGGUGCGGACGAGCUCAAGGCUGGCCUUGUCACCGUCAAGGAGCAGCGCUGGCAGCUCGUCGACGGUAAGAAGGUCAAGAUCGAGAGCUCAGACAAGGGCACUCAGGUCAAGCGCGAUGAGCUGGUCAACUGGUUGAAGAAGAGCGAGACGUGGGGCGAGUGGGAGGCGGGCGUUUGGUGA